UAAUAUUCUAAGUUCACGUACUCUGCAGCUCAACCUAAAAGCUAGCAAUCCAAGGAUUUCUUACCCUCCACUACCAUGACUGGAAUCUCUUUAGCCCAUUCCUUGCCCUCCAUGCAAUCCCGUGUAGCUUCUCCAAGCAAGCUAAGAACUCAUUCCAUUCCCACGAACCACCGCAUAUAAGCAUCCUCCACACCUCCUCCAUCCUCACAGAGCCAACAGAGCUGAUCGCCAUGGUCGCAGGUAGCAGCGAGGAGCCGCGGCAGCGCCGCGUGCAGCAGGAGAUCAGAGACAUGAUUUCGACGCUCACCGAUCGGCUGACUGCCCUGGGAAGGUCCGUGCCCCGCUCCGACGCCAAGGGUCAGGAGGCCGGCGACGCCUACCCCGGACUCGGGGUCAUCACGAUGGCCGGCGACAACAAGGGGGCGUCGAUGAAGGCGGACAUGGAAGAACUGGGGGACGCCCAUGGGGGGUUGUACAGCGACGACGGCGGCAUGUGCACCUACACAAACAGCAACUACCAGGCCGUGAACAACUCGAUUCUUCUCUGCGGGAGCUGCGCGGCGAAGGAUCCCGGCGUCCAUGUGGUCAUAUCAGAGUACGUAGAGGAAGAUGACGAUGACGAUGACGAUGAUGAGGAAGAGAGGCAUAGAAAGAAGGAGAAAAAGAAGAAGAAAAAGGAGGAGAAG